AUGGAGCUGAGUUCCUUUUCAUUAAAGGUUAAGGAACUAGAUGCCUAUGUCCCUGCAAUAUACCUCGAAGCGCCAGCCAGUACCCUUGAAGACAAACUCUGCCUAACGGUCGAAAAGCAACUGGCCAAUUUCAAAGAGCUUGUACUUAGAGUCAUACGGCAGGAGAUGUUGGCGAAGCUUGAGGAGUUUUCUCGCUGUUCCCGAAGGCAGAGCCUGCGUGAAACCCUCAGGGAUUACUUUAAGCGACCAAAGCCCCAAAGGACGGUUCAAGAACCGGCACCCUCAUCCUUUUCCGUCUCAACAAAGGCACCGAAGACGCCGCCACCACCACCGCCACCGACACCGCCACGGAAGACUCCCCUCUCUCCGUCGAAGUCAGUCCGAGUGCCUCGGACACAGCUCUACUAUCCCUGGCAGGACUCUUCUCUGCGCUUCCGGUCGAAGUCGUCCACACCCUCGGUGCCAUUUCCGCCGGAUUUAAAGGAAAGCCUCGAGCAGUGGCUGCGGGAGUACCCCAGCAAUUUGGACUGCAGUGCAGUCGAGAACUUUAACAAGUGGAUGCAGGAAACUCCAGGUGAUUGGCUAUCCUAG